UCUCUUGAGCGCUACAAAGCUCGUCUUGUGUCUCGUGGCUUUCAGCAGGAGUACGGACGCGAUUAUGAUGAGACAUUCGCUCCUGUGGCCCACAUGACCACUGUCACUCUCCUUGUUGUGGCUUCUGUUCGUCAUUGGUCUGUGUCUCAACUUGACUUCCAGAAUGCUUUUCUAAAUGGAGAGGUGCGUGAGGAGGUUUAUAUGCAGCCACCACCGGGGUACUAUGCUCCUGAUAGUAUGGUUUGCUGACUUCGACGCUCCCUCCAUGGUCUUAAACAGGCCCCUCGCACUUGGUUUGAGCGUUUUGCCUCUGUGGUGACUGCCGCUGGCUUCUCCCCCAGUGAUCAUGAUCCCGCGUUGUUUGUUCACAUGUCUCCGCGUGGUCGGACUCUUGUCCUUCUAUAUGUUGAUGACAUGAUCAUCACUGGUGACGACUCUGACUACAUUGCCUCUGUUAAGGCCCCGCCUUUGUGGCCAGUUUCUCAUGUCUGAUCUUGGUCCACUUCGCUAUUUUCUUGGGAUUGAGAUUUUUUCGACCUCUGAUGGCUUCUUCAUCUCUCAGGAAAAAUAUAUUCAGGAUCUUCUUGCUCGAUCCACUCUCGGUGAUCAGCGCACUCUUGUGACUCCUAUGGAGAUCAAUGUUCAGCCUCGUGCUUCUGACAGUGAUCCUCUUCCUAAUCCCACUCGCUAUCGCCACCUCGUUGGGAGCCUUGUCUAUCUUGCUGUUACGCGUCCUAACAUCUCCUAUCCUGUCCACAUUCUCAGUCAGUUUGUUUCAACCCCCACCUCUGUCCACUAUAGUUACCUCCUCCGUGUUCUACGAUAUCUUCGUGACACGAUCUCUCAUCGCCUUUUCUUUCUCCGCUCCAGCUCUCUCGAGCUCCAGGCCUACUCUGAUGCUACGUGGGCUAGUGAUCCCUCUGAUCCCCGCUCGCUGUCUGCUUACUGUGUCUUUCUUGGUGGCUCUCUUAUUGCCUGGAAGACCAAAAAACAAACUGCAGUUUCUCGCUCGAGUACCGAGGCUGAGUUGCGAGCGAUAGAUAUGCUGACGGCUGAGGUGAUCUGGUUACGAUGGUUACUUGAGGAUUUUGGUGUGUCUGCUACUACAUCGACUCCCUUACUGUUAGACAUCACAAGUGCUAUCAGUAUUGCGCGUGACCCGGUGAAGUAUGAGCUCACAAAACACAUCGGUGUGGAUGCCCACUUUGUGCGUACUACUGUGCAGGAUCAGACUCUUGCUCUUCACUAUGUACCCUCUGAGUUACAAUUGGCGGACUUCUUCACGAAGGCACAGACUUGAGCGCAGCAUGGGUUCUUUCUCUCCAAACUCAGUGUUGUUGAUCUACCAUGAGUUUGAGGAGGGUGUUAGAUGUGUAUAGUCCUCCUUUUCGGUAUAUCCCAUUGUAUAAGGGGUUUCCUACACUUUACCUCACAUGUACAUGUAUUGGCCUUUGGCCCCCCUAUGAAUGUUAGUUGCUCAUUAUCCAAGAGGAACUAGUUCUCCCCUA